CCUCCCUCUCUCCCUCUCCCUGUCUUGCGCCCCUCUCGCAUCGCACCGCUUCCCAUCCCUCUCCCUGGCCUGUCCUGUCCCUUGUAUGGACGGGUGGAUGUGAGCGUGUACGCAUGUAUGCGUGUGCGCAUCUUAGCCACUGUACCUCAUACUGGGCAGCCCAGCUUUUCUCCGAUCCAAGUAGUUUCCCGUUUCUUCCUUCAUCACCUCUUCUGCCUCGCUCCUCUCCUCCAGAAGGUUGUCUCCGCGAUACCAGACUGUCCCGUCUAUCCCGUCUGUCUGUGUAUUCUUGCCGGGCACUCCCUCGCAUCGCCCGCCGCCCUUGGCCCAACCGUCGUUCGGCUACCCAACACUCCCACUGCCCGUAUCCGAGUUGUUGCGUCCACUCAUUAAUCAUUUCAUUUUUUUUUCCUUCCCACCCUUCGCUUUCUCCUUACACCUGUCGAGGAUCUCUCGCCACGAUAAUCCCUCCAACCGUCGCCGCCAGUCCUACGUUUGACCGUCUCUUUCGGAGCGCACCUCGCUUAUUCCCGCUGUCCCCACGACCUGGUCUCAGGCCGUCACGCUCGUUACCAUUCCGAUAUCCGUUGUAGCUUUGGGGCAUUUCGGCGCAAGUGGACCGGGUUCUCCGGAAAAUACAGAGUAUAGUCCUGCAAGCCGUCUGCCAGGAGGACUGGGGUUGAGUUAGACACUAUCGAAUUGUUGUUCCAUUCUAGCGGCCGCCGCGAAUGGGUCGCUGAAGUUGACUGCCAACCGACAAGCCUAGUCUGCGCCAAUCUCUCAGCUUGUUACGGAAGAGGCAAAGAUCGUACCUCCUGAGGUGGCGUUCUUGG